CCCUAAAGCUCUCUCUUCCUCCUCUCUCUCCUCUCUGCAGUACCCUCUCUCUUUCUAUCUUUAGAAUCAUCAACGCCAUACCGCCAAUCCACCAUCCUAGGGCCUCGUUAUACUGUAGCAGCAGACCCUUACCAUCGUCCACGCGUGCUCGUUUGCGUCGCGUAUCUCUUUGUGCUUGAAGACAAACAUACCCUACCUAUAUCCACUCUCACAAUCCCCAUUGAGUGCUUUCCGUGACAAAGAAAUCAUACCCAGAGGCAGUCCACCUUCAAAACACCAACAUCCGUCCUUGGCCCAGCAUUGCGCCAACUCAAAAAACUACCCUCCUACACCUCGGCCAUAUCCCUCGUCCACCCGUCAAUCUCUUUCCGAGUCUGGGCGACCUCCUCCUCGACCGCUUGUGACCUUUGACCGACGUCGAGUUGCAGUCUGUGUCGAGUGUCGAGUACAUUCCACGACAUUACAUCGCCAGUGCUUGUCCAGAGAUCGUGGGUUACGUUGUCACAUGCGCAAGACAUAACCAGUCAUGGGUCGGAGGAAGAUUGAAAUCAGAGCCAUCAAAGAUGACCGCAACCGUUCCGUCACAUUUCUCAAGCGAAAAGGCGGUCUCUUCAAAAAGGCCUACGAAUUGUCGGUUCUAUGUUCCGUCGACGUCGCAGUCAUCAUUUUUGGUCAUAACAAAAAGUUGUACGAAUUUUCUUCGGGAGAUAUCAAUGAGACACUGCGGCGGUACCAAUAUUAUGGACAACCGCAUGAACACAAAGGCCCGAUCGACUUCAAGAACAAGGGUGGUGAUGAUGACGACGAGGAAGAUGAAGAGGAGGAACAACCGGGCCCGGCCAGAGAAGAAUCUCUCCCGCCUCAACAUGCGAUGCCACAGCACAUGCAACAUCCCAACUCUUUCACUCACAUCCAACAACCCAUGAACUCUGUCUCACCCCCGAUGCCCAACGGCAUGUUUCAACCACGACAUGGCACUCCUCAGCCUCCUCAUUUGAUUUCGAGACCGCCUUCACAAAACAUGAUCCGGCGGACCAGCUCCAACCUGGUCCCCAUGCAACACCCUCAUCCGACACCUCCUCCGCCGCAGAAUGGAUUUGCCUACGUCCCUAACCCGCCCAUCUACAACCCUAACGCUCCCUCCAACAUGCAACCUCACCAUUCACCGGAGCCUCAAUAUCAAUAUCCUCAACAGCAACAACAGCAACAGCAACAGCAACAGCAACAGCAACAGCAACAACAAGCACAACCGACCCCUCCUCCUCCACAAUCGCAUCAGCAAAUGCAGCAAGCACAUCAUCAGUAUUUACAGGAACAACGAAGGCAGUCACAAACACCACAACCCAACCUCCAGCCUCCACCACAACCUCAAACUCGUACGUCGCCGCAACCUGAAACACUGAAUCUCCGGCCUCCGGAACAAGGAACACCUCCACAGCCAAAACACCUAUCGUCGAAAUCAAGGAGUAUAUUUACUCCCAUUGACGAAGGUGGCUCUGUACUGGCUCAGCACUUUUUCGGGGCUCCGGACCCCAAGCCGAUAAAGGACGAUGAGGCGCGGAAUGUUAAGAUGCCUCCACGAAGUAUAACUGCUCCUGCUGUGAGCAAGGGCCCGGCGCAGCCGCCCAGAUCACAGACGGUGGUUCCAGAAUUCGCUCCACCAAAAAGAACAGACACGUCAGGGUCCAGGUCCGGUGCUAGACCGAAAUUAAAUUUACAGAUCCCAUCCGAGGCCGAAGACAAUGAUUCCCCGAGUGGUUCGACUGGACAAUCUACAGAUCCGUCAGGAAAUACUGCUCGGGGAAGUGAUCACAUUGUUCUUCCGCCCCCUUCGCCCAGUGCUUCAGCGGUAAUGUCUGCUGGGGCGAGCGGGCCACCCAAUCCCUUUGCUCGACCACAUCCACCACCGACGUCAAAUCAAAACCGCGAAGCGUAUAAUGAUAAUCGAAAUAAUAUCGAGACACCCAUAUCAGCAUUACCGAGUCGUUACAUGAAUAACGAUUUGUUACCCAGUCCCAGCAAUUUCUUCAGCGAAUGGUUCGAUGGCGGCAGGAAUGGUGGGGUUAACUCGGCGGUACUGCCAAGUCCUCUGGUCUUUCCGACUCCGUCUGAAGGAAGGAAUCUAGGAUUUGGAAGUCGUGAUGCAGCUCACGAAGCCAACGCCAACGGGGAGAAGAGGAAGGGAAGUGUGGACAUGGCGGAUAAGGAGGACGUGAAGAAGAUCAAGACAUGAAUAUUCUAUUCGACCAUAUGGGAAAGAGUGGAGGAAACGAUCAUUGCAAUUUCCAGUCUCGAAAUCAACAUAUUUUAUCUUUGUUAUUGUUUGCUUGUUUAUCAUACCCUAACGACCCGUCAUGAUCAAGAAUUUGUUCUGUUGGUUUUCAUUUUCUCUGUCUGGCUCCAAGCAGAUAUCAAAAUACGUUAUGCAGAGGUAGUCGAUGUGUCCAAGAUUGUGUUCAAUCCUGAAAGCAAGGGAAGGGAAGGGAAGGAACCUUUAGUUUUUUUGUUGUUGGUAUUGUCUAUCAGAGUCCAUCGUCUGUUAUACUCACACUCCGUACUUAUGGACUGUCUCUUAGGGUGAGACUUGACUUACGAGUUCCAUGAUGGUUUGCAUAGCGUGGGGCAAGGGAAUGGGACCUGUUUUGAAUCUUUGAAUUUUUGUAAGUUUGGGCUUUGAUAUUUGGGAACUUAUCGUACAGAGAAUUUGAAAGUGAUGAUCCUACCUUGUACCUCUCUCUCUCUUCUCACAGGCAGCCAAACGCACAUUUUCUCGACGACGGAUGUUUUUGCAUAGUCGUGGGCCGACAUGAUGGUGUUGAGAACAGCCAACGACACAAGCGGGACAGGAC